GCCGCCGAGGUGCUCUGGCGUCGCCGCUCCCCUCCUCCGCCCCGCGUCGUGACUCUUUUCCCCCUUCUUUUCCCCUCAGAGGAUGUCCGCCUUCCAGGUCAACCUCAACCCGCUCAAGGAGCCGCUCGGCUUCAUCAAGGUCCUCGAGUGGUUUGCUUCCAUCUUCGCUUUUGCCACCUGUGGCGGCUUUAAGGGCAAAACAGAAAUUCAAGUGAGUUGUCCUAAACUUGGUAACAAUAAGACAGUUACAGCUACUUUUGGUUAUCCAUUCAGGUUGAAUCAGGCAUCAUUUCACACUCCUUCAGAUGUCAGUGUGUGUAAUGUGACCUGGAAGAACCAUGUCCUCAUAGGUGAUUACUCCUCUUCUGCACAGUUCUAUGUCACAUUUGCAGUCUUUGUGUUCUUGUACUGCAUCGCUGCCCUUCUGCUCUAUGUUGGUUACACGAACCUCUACCGGGAGAGUCGUAAACUCCCCAUGAUUGACUUUAUUGUUACUCUUGUUGCCACUUUUCUGUGGUUGGUGAGUGCCUCGGCCUGGGCUAAAGCCCUUACAGAUAUUAAAAUAGCUACCGGACACAGUAUUAUCAAAGAACUUGAGCCUUGUCACAACCCACAAAUACAAUGUCAGUUUAUCUCUGUGACUAGUAUGGGAUCCCUAAAUGUAUCCGUGAUCUUUGGCUUUCUGAAUAUGAUACUUUGGGGAGGAAAUGCCUGGUUUGUGUACAAGGAGACCAGCUUACAUAAUCCAUCAAAUAUGUCAGCUUCCCACAGCCAAGGAGGUGUUCCACCCCCUUCUGGAAUAUAAUUAAAGGGAGAAUACACUGAAUGAAAUGUGUGCUAUACUCUGCCUUGUUGCCAACAUCUUGAGAAGCAUUAUUGUUUCUAAUAAAAAGUAAUGGCUUUUUCAGUAAAUUGGUGGGUUUUAAAAUUUGCUGCUUUUCUACAUAAAAUGUGCCUUUUCUAGAAAUUUAAGAUGUAAAUGUAUUUUUACAUGUAAGUUUGAAAAUUCAGGAGCCUGUUAAGAGAUGAUACUUAUUUUUAAGUGAAUAGUAAUUUCACUAAGUUGCCUUCUAAAGUGUUUACACCUUAAACUUUAACAGAAACCUUCAUUUAGAAACCAGUUCUGUCAUAUCAUAAUAUAGGAAGAAUUUGUUUGAGACAUACACUACUGUUAGUUUGUAUACAUCAUAUCUAAGGCUUGGCUUGUUUAAGGAAAUCUUGAAUGCAUAAAUCAUAUUUAGAAAAAAAUUAGUGCAAUUUUAUAUCUGAAUAUUAUUCAUGAUAAGAUUUUUUGAAUUGCAAAAACUGGGUAUGUAUUUUGUUUCUUUUUUCUGAAUGACCUGCUAUACUUAUUAGGUGUACUAAAAUUGUCUUAGGAGCAAGGAUUUGAAAAU